AUGUCGAUUACUUUGUCUUCAAGACAUGUAGCCGCUGCCAUUGCUACUUCGGGGUUUUCGUCUUCGACUCCUGCUGCUUCUUCGGUGGUUUCAUUUUUUGCCUUUGCCUUCAUCUCCAGUUGCUGCUCCGAGGGUUCUGCCUUCGCCUUCUGUUGUUAUCGCUGCUCUGGGGUUCUGCCUUCGCCUCAUAUUGCAGCUACUCCGGAGGUUCCGCCAUCGCCUCAUAUUGCUGCUUCUACGGGAGUUUCGCCUUCGCCUUCUGUUGUUGUUUCUACGGGAGUUCCGCCUUCGUGUCAUGUUGCUUCUUCUACGGGGGUUCCGCAUGCGCCUCUUGUUGCAGCUUCUAUAGGGGUCCCGCCUUCGCCUCAUGUUACUGCUUCCACAGGGGUUCCGCCUACGCCUCAUGCUGUUUUGACGGGAGUUCCGCCUACGCCUCAUGCUACUUCCAGGAGAUAG